GCUCAUUACUACCCUCCGCAGGAUAACACAAUGAACGACAUUAGUCAAGAUGAAGCGUCAGUGAAUUAUCAUGAGAGGUGAAUCUGAAUACCUCAAACUGUAUUUUAAUCAUUACAAAGGAGAAGAGAGAAGAGAUGUGCUGAGUCAUGAGUUGGUGGGCUUGUUCAGUGGGAGCGAUGCGACUGUAUAGUUUCUAUUACUGGGAAAGGAAGGUCCACUGAGUUCAAAUCCAGUGCUCAACAACGCCAGAGAAGUUGAACCUUUGUCAUUUUAUGGCGCCGCACCUCAAGCCACACUGUGCAUAGUUCAAAGAGCAGACAGAGAGACUCGUACUUCUCCAACUACAGCCGGAUGAUGAGUGCAGCUCAGAGUCCAACAUCACUGGAGUCCAAACUGGAGGCCCUGCAGUGCCACUUCACAUGGGAUCUGGACCCCAGCAGGACUACACUUAACUGGCUCAGGGACCAGCUGGAGGACAUCGGCACCGAGGAGGGAUACAGCUGGCUGGGUCACAGUUACAACCUGCAGGGGUAUAUCUACUACCAGCUGGGGUUAAUCGAUGACGCCUGCCAAUUCCUCAGCAGGGCUGCGGAGGCCUUCCGCCAGAUGAGAAACACCGUCUCAGAUGAGGGUCCCUGGUUGGUGGUGAACCACGGGAACCUGGCUUGGCUGCACUACCAGAGGAAAGAACGAGCAGAGUGUCAGGCUUACCUGUUAAAAGUCGACUCCCUGAUAAAUGAGUACCCAUCUCCAUCCCAGGACGAGCUCCACCCGGAGAUCUACGCUGAAAAAGCCUGGACCCUGAUGAAGUUCAGCAAAGACAGAGAGCUGGUUGCAGAUUACUUCCAGAGAGCCAUCAGGAUGCAGCCGGACAUGGUGGAGUGGCACACCAGCCACGUCAUAGGGUUAGAGAAUUCUCUUAGACACAGUGACAUAGGGCUGGCGGCUGACAUCUUGGAGAAAAUGAAAAUCGCCAAGGAACAUGAUCCAGAGAACUUGUAUCUCGCUGCUCUUUACCUUGAGGCAUGUGCUAAGAAAGGAAAGAACAUUGAAAGUGAAGCACGUGAGUUGGCCAGAAGGGUUUUAAGAAAGCCCGUCAGCAGCUACAGUGGUAUCGCACCAUUACUAAGGCUGUACAGAAUCUAUGUAUCUAUGGAUGAGGCCAUUGAUUUGGCAGAGGAGGCUCUGGAAAGAAAUCCAGAUGAGCGUUAUCUGAAGAGAUGUGCUGCACUCUGCUACAAGGGGAUCUUCCAGGGGAGGGACAAUCCCCUGGAGCACAGCAUGAUCGAAAGAGCAAUCAGUCUCCAUAGGGAAGUGAUUACUCUGUACCCUCUUUCUUCACUUCCAAUAGAAAUAUAUCUUGCCAACAUCUACGCAGAGUCCAAUAACCAAGCUAAAGCUGACCAGAUAUACAAGGAACUGUUGAAAAGGGAUCUGGAUCCCGAAGCGGCACAGAUGCUUUACAACUACUAUGCAAAAUAUGUACAUUUCGUUCGAAGGGAGAGCUACAUGUCGAUAGAAUACCACAUGAGGGCGGCAGCGAUACGGCAACAAUCUUCCUAUCGUAAGAACAGCAUCAACACUCUGGAGAGGAUUAGAGAAAGAAACAGAAACCGAAUGUGCGGAGAAAUUGAUGAGUUUCUUAAUAACCUGAAAAAACCCUGA